AUUUCUUAAAAUUGUGCUCUAAAGUGAUUAAUAAUAGUGAAUUCAAAAUGGCAGAUACUGUAGCUACGUCUCCUGCAAUCGUUGCGGAAAAAAAACCAAAAAAAGCUGCCGCCGCAAGUGGGUCAAAAAAACCAAAAUCGGCACCAACUCAUCCUCCGACUCAGCAAAUGGUGGAUGCGGCAAUUAAAACAUUGAAAGAUCGCGGUGGUUCUUCCCUUUUGGCAAUCAAAAAAUAUAUUGCUGCUACUUACAAAGUUGAUGUACAAAAACUUGCUCCGUUUAUAAAAAAAUAUUUAAAAGGUGCUGUAAUAAGUGGUAAAUUAGUGCAAACCAAAGGAAAAGGAGCUGCGGGUUCUUUUAAAUUGUCGCCUAGUGCCAACAAGGAACCAAAGGCCAAGUCUGCUGAGAAGAAAAAAUCUGCCGCCAAACCAAAAGCUGCCGCUGCUGGUGACAAAAAAUUAAAAAAAGUGUCUGGUGAAAAGAAAGUAAAAAAAGUAGCCGCCACAACAAAAAAAAGUGCCAGUGCAGAUAAAAAGAAGGUGGAAAAACCAAAAGUGAAAAGUGUUAAAAAAACGAGUGCAGUUAAGGCAAAGCCAACAAAAGCAAAGGCAGCCGCGCCUAAACCUAAAGUGCCAAAAGCAAAAUCAGCCACAGCAGCAGCCAAGCCAAAAAAGGCAGUCGCUGUUAAAAAGGCAAAGAAGUAAAAUUUCCAUUUCAAUGAAAAACAAAGUUGAAAUCAAAACAAAAAUCCACAGUCCUUUUCAGGGCUACAAAAAAUAUACUAAAAUGAGAUAUAAAAACUUUUUUUUU